AUGUUCACAAUAUAUCAACUUGUGUGCACAGCUAUUUCAUUUCUCCUAAACUGUUUCCUGGUUUGGCUUAUUCUCAAGCAUUCACCUCAACAUACUGGAAAAUACAAAUGGCUAAUGAUGUAUACGACAUGCUUCGAGAUCUUUUGGGGCGCAUUUGAUUUGCCCGCAGAAAUUAUUGCUCACUCAGUUGGCUGUGCCUUUAUAGUCUUCCGUAUCAAUCAACCUGAUGCAUGGCUUGACAAAAAUAGUUCCUCGUGGAUUGUCCUUGUCUACACUGCCAUAUUUGGAGCAUCAAUGGCUCUUUUCGCUUCACACUUUAUCUAUCGCUUUGGCUCACUUGAUAGAUCAUUUGGUUCGAGAUACACUUCAGGAUGGAAAUUUGGUGUCUUGUUUUUUAUUCCUCUGGUGUAUAGUGUCUGGUGGGCUACUGUGGUGAGAGUUUGGUUUUGGCCUAAUGAAGAUAUGGAUGAGUAUACGAGAGACAUGAUCAUGGAGAAAGUUGGUGUGAGAAUUGAGAAUAUCAGCUAUAUCGGUGCAAUGUUCUAUAACAGCGAUGGGAAUGGAACCAAAACCCUGAACCAAUCAGCUUGGAUUGGCGUGUCUCAGAUGUGGUUUAUGAUUAUGUCCUCCAUGUCAUGCAUCUUCGGCUUUGCAAUCCUUUGCUAUUUGCGUCUUAGAGCUCAACUAUCUAUAGUAUCAAGUGCAGUUAACAACCUUCAGCUUCAAUUUUUCUAUGCUCUUGUGCUCCAAACCGCCAUUCCAUUAAUUCUCAUGCAUAUACCAAUUACUAUAUAUUUUGUGUGCCCGAUGCUCGAUCUGGAUUUGGAUAUUGCUAGCUCAUUUGUUGCCUCUACCAUCACCUUGUACCCGGCUAUUGAUCCAUUGCCGAGCUUUUUGAUAAUCAAAAGCUUUAGGAAUGCGACAAUUGACGUUUUUCAACAAGUUUUCUGUUGUCGGCCUGGAAAUAAGUAUCGAGUUCGACCAGCUAUUACAAUCAGCGGGCCUGGAAGAGAAUUCACACUAAAUGCCAAUUAA